GAAUUUAAAGCGCAUGCUCAAAAACAUUUUCCUGCCAUUUAGAUGAUUUGACAGUUAAAAUACGUAAACUUGCUGUUAUUUUGUUGUUAACAAAUAUUUAUGGUGAUACUUAGAUCUGACACAUAACUCGACUCCACCUAAUCCUUUUAUCUGUAUAGAUAACAAAUCGCAUAUUACUCGUUUAUCUGUUAUAUAUUGAUUGAAAAUGUAUCCGAAUCCACACGGACAGUAUCAACAACAGGGUGGUUAUGGAGGUGGUUAUGGAGGUUUUCAGGGUGGUUAUGGAGGUGGAGCUCCCCCUAUGGGGCCUCCAGGCGGGGUAUCCCCAGAUAUCCAACAAUGGUUCCAUACCGUCGAUAGGGAUCGUUCUGGAAAGAUUAACUCACACGAAUUGCAAUCUGCUUUAGUGAAUGCACAAGGAAAAAAUUUCUCUGAUAUGGCUUGCCAAUUAAUGAUUGGAAUGUUUGACCAUGAUAAAAGCGGUACCAUUGAUAUUAAUGAAUUUCAACAGUUGUACAGCUAUAUUAAUCAAUGGUUAACUGUAUUUAGAACUUAUGAUAGAGAUAAUUCGGGGCAUAUUGAAGAACAUGAAUUAGCAAAUGCAUUUCAACAAAUGGGAUUUCGAUUCUCACCAAAUUUCAUUCAAUUUCUCAUUCAUAAAAGUGAUUUAGAAGCACACAAGCAAAUGUCAGUUGACCAAUUUAUUGUGGCGUGCGUUCAAAUUCAAAGGUUUACAGAAGCAUUUAGACAGCGAGAUAAUGAAAGGAAAGGCAUGAUUACCUUAGGAUUCGAGGACUUCCUUUCAGUCGCUUUGAGCUGUUCAAUUUAGCCACUUACAUUCCUUUUAGAUAGAGAAAAUGAAAGAAAUUAUCUAUAUCUAUUCAAAAGAAGCUAUAUUAUCAAAUUGUUUGUUUGUGAAUCUUUUUCUUAUUCUCUCUUUUAUCAGUGCCUAUGUUAUUUUAUGAAAUAAAGUGUAUUUAACGUA